AUGGUGAAUCUGAUGCUCAGAUUGACCGUGGUGGUGCAAGCGGCGUUGGUGCUGCUUGCGCUGCAGAACGUGGCCACUCCCGCCACUGCCAACUUCCCCAACCUGGCCGAAGCCAACGAGCUUGCCCACCGCUCUCUCGACGUCUCUGAGAACAUCUUCGAAAACGCCGAUGCGCUGCACAAGCGCCUUGACCUUGGUGAGGACGAUGACGACUCCGAGUACGACGAGCUCAAGAUCAUCACGGUCUUCCUGCCCGAGGACAAGUCCGAGGACGAGAGCAACGCGCUGAUCAAGCGCGCCGGUCCCACGCCGUGCCCCCACAAUCACACUCGUGUCGUCAAGCGGGCGGUGCAGACCGAUGCGCCGCUCGACAAGCGCGACCCCACCCCGGACCCCAGGGUUACUACGAGGUUCAGGACCAAGACCGUCACGGUGACGAAGACCAUCUACUCGACCGUGUACAGGAGGUGUACGCAGUACGUCCACUACGAGCUCGAGGAGGAGCACGAGCACCCGCAGGAGCACCACCUCCACCCGCAGGAGCACCACCUCGAGCAAGUCGGCUACCUCGACGAGGAGGUCGACCACCUCUGUGAGGCCCGCCUCGAGCUCCAGCACAUCGGUCAGACCGACGACCUCGUCCAGGUCCACGUCUUCUGUCAGGCCAACCACUUCGUCCAGAUCUUCGUCUUCGUCCGUCAGGCCGACGACCUCGUCCAGGUCUACGACUUCGUCUGUCCGACCAUCUUCGUCCACAACGAGCUCCAGCUCGAGGUCGAGCUCCGCUUCGGCUACUUCCAGGAGCUCCACUUCCACCCGCGCCUCGUCUUCGACCACCUCCUCGAGGGCCUCUUCGUCCACUACUUCAUCCAGGUCUUCGUCUACGACUACCUCCUCGAGGGCUCCGUCUUCUACUACUUCCUCCAGAGCUUCUUCGUCGACCACCUCCUCCCGGGCUUCCUCGUCGACUACUUCGUCCAGGGCUGUGUCUUCGAGCACUUCGUCCAGGGCGUCUUCGGCUACCACUUCCUCGAGAGCUUCGUCGUCGUCGACGACUUCCUCCCGGGCUUCAUCUUCGACGACUUCCACCAGGGCCUCGUCUUCCAGUACUUCGUCCUCAGUCAGGCCGCCUGUCGUUACUUCGUCGUCCACCAGGUCUUCGACUUCUACCACUGCGUCGUCGACCAGCCGUGCUCUCUCCUCGUCCUCCUCUUCUUCGUCCACCGCUACCAGGACUUCGUCCAGCUCCACUUCUACUUCCACCUCAACUUCGACUUCCACCUCGUCCACUAG